AUCAUGAUUGCCUUGCUGAUGAUCGAUUAUCCUGUGCAUCAUGUAUGUGUAUAUAUAUGGUACAUCACGUCGUGCAUCCCUUGUCCAUAAAACCUGUCUUCUGCCUCUCGAGUCAAUCAUGAUGGAGUCUGAAUAUUCAGCUGACACUUUUGCAGCGAGCGGCAGUCUCCGGACCUCCACUUACAUAUAUACGUCGAUGGCCACAUUUUGGACCUACAGUUACGCUUGUUCACUUCAUGAGGAGUGGACGUUCCUGCUUCAAUCCCGCUGGACUAAGAUAAAGUGCCUUUAUAUCAUUGCACGAUAUGUACCUUUUCUCCUAUUCGCAGGCCACCUUUAUAUGAAUUUUAUUCCUGACGAGGACCCCAAAAAAUGCCACAUGAUCGACAACAUCUGCUCAUGUUUCAGCAUAAUAUCAAUCACUUGUUCUGAAUCUAUCUUCGUCCUCAGAACAUAUGUAUUAUGGAACAAAAAUAGAUUCAUGCUUGCAGCCAUGUUGGCCGCCUUUCUUGCUGCCGGCGCAGCAUCCACUGGCCUGUUCUUUGCAUUUCUCCAUGCUGUCCCAUUUGAGACUAGCCCGAUCCCGGGCAUCACAGGCUGCUACCAGCCCUCGGACAGCAUCGGGUUCUACGUACCAUUCAUUCUCUCAUCUGUGUUACAACUGGGACUCAUCUCCGUCACGCUCAUACGCGCCCUGCAGACCUGGCAGGUGUCCAACAACUAUCUGCUUGCCGUCCUGCUAAAACAUAAUAUAUUUUACUAUAUAUGCGGCUUUUCGUGCUCGAUGGUGAACGUCCUCGCGUCGGUGUUCCUUCAAGACGCCUACAAGGCCAUGUUCCAAGAUUUUCAGUUCAUCAUUCUAGGGAUCCUCGCUACACACAUGCACCUCCAUCUUUGGCAUAAAGAUCAGCACCAGCAUAGCUCUAUGCUUACUCCCAUGUCCGAGAUGUCGUAUGUGGGUCGUAGUACAGCGUAACUUCAUAGCGGAAAGAUCUAAUGUGGGUAGUCUACAUCCAUACAUCGACUCCUGCAGUCGAAUCAGCCUUGCCGUCCCACGGGAAAUCAUAUUGUAUCUAAUAUAUUAUCACCUGAUCAAGAACAAGGGGCUAUACUUCCAGACCAGUUGGGGGAGCGCGGGGAAAUUAUAUGAUAUAGCGGUGGGUGGAUGUGUUCCCGACUCCCAAAGAACUGCGCGUCUAGUAUUGUCAUGAGCAACU